AUGGUCCACUCGGCCUCCGUCUGUCCUCCAUCCAAACACCCGGCCCCAGCACCAGCCAAGUCCUCCAACAGCAUCAACAGCAUCAACAGCAUCAACACCAUCAACACCAUCAACACCAUCAACAGCAUCAACAGCAUCAACACCAUCAACACCAUCAACAGCCACUUCCCCAUCAAGUCCAAUACCAACAAGGUCACUCCUGUGAGCCUCUUCAUGGGUAUAGUCACACGAACACAACAGACUUAA